AAUAUAGGUGGCUGAAAUUCCCAACUUUGUGCUUUUGCGUUAAAAGAUUGAAAGGUAUCACUGAAAAUCUAGUGCUGAGAAACUACUCUCCUAUUACAAGACCACUUCCUGUUGAACCAACAAGCAUGGAGUUCAGAACAAGAAGCGCUGUGCUGUAUGGUGGUUGCUUUUCAAAUUUUUGUUGUUUUUGACAUGGUUUUGUCAAAUUUAGAGCAUUGUUAUUGACUGAACACGAUGAUAAACAUAAUGUAAUGUCAGAAAAGACUGAUCUCAAAAUCCAAGGGUAUACUUGCACCAAAUGUUAAUGAAUAAAAGUAAUCUGCUUAUUUAGUGUUAUCCCAAAUACACGUAGCAUUGCGCAACAAAAUUAUUUUUAAGAUAUGAGAGGUAAGAGUAAAAUCUCAUGACAUUUUUGCCUAUGACAUUAAAUGUAAAUUAGCUAAGACAAAUAGACAUGAUUGCUCAACCUAUCCAGACUCUGCAUCACGUAAGGAGAUACAGCAACACAAAAACUGGGUGGCAGCUAAAGAAGGAGGGAACAUUACACAUAGUACAUGUGAUAAUGAAGACGCAAAAAGAAAAAAAAAUUCUGGGAACUCUUGUUGCCUCAGAAAGCUGGCCGCGUCAUUUCCUUCCAAUGACAAAUGUGUGGUUUUCAGUCUUUAAAAACUUUUUCAGAGUUGUGAUCAUGACCAGUUUGAAACUUUGUCUGUGAACGGAGAAUGAAUUGUCAUGUUAUGAACAUGGUCUGCCUAUCUCAGAGAUCACAAGCAAAAUUCAGAAUAAUCCUCCCUAUCCUCAUCUUGAUUGCUGUUGAGUUAGUGCAUCCAACAAUGUCAUGCAAGAAUGAGAAAUGCAGCCAGCUUCUUCACCGUAGUCUGAAGCUCACUAGGUUGAUGAGCAAAAGGUCUGCAGAUCUUUUAGAAACAUAUAAAGCCAGUCAAGGAGAUUCUGCAGACCUGAUCUGCGAUAUGCAAAUGGACAAUGUUCCAGUAUCAACCAUCUCUGGCCAGACCAUGUCGGAGCGCAUCUUAAGUGUUUAUACCCACCUGAAAGAGUUUCUUCCGCACAUGAAGACAGUGAUGGAGCAGCAGAAAGACUUAAAUCCUCCAAUAAACCCUGUGGUGGAGGGGCUUCACAGUAUGAUUACACAUGUUCACCACAUCGCUCAGAGGGUGAACUGUAUCUUACAAAUCCUGCAGCCAAAUAUACCCAUUCCUGAGCCAGCUGAAAGGUCAACGGGAAUUCCCCCCGCUCAAAAUAUUUUCCAGCAGAAAGCCUAUGGAUGCAUUGUUCUGUCUCGGCUUCAGGAGCUCCUUAGUCAAGCAGUUCAAGAACAGAAGUCUCUUAAGGGGAAAAUGUGCAAACAGAGGACCAAAAAUGGUUCUUUAUGAACUCUGUUCUGUGGCAUAAAACAAUAUUGACAUAAUUUAUUCAUAUUUAUUUUUGUACAUCUAUAUCUGUUGAAGAGAUGUCCAGAGUAUGUUUUUGUUGAUAUAUUUAUGAAUAUAAUUUAUUUUUGUCCUAACUGUCAUAUCCAUAUACUGUAUGUGGACAAAAAGUGAAGUGAUACAAAUUGUUUUCUUUUUGUUGUUGUUGUUGUUGUUUUUUUCCAAAAGGACAAGAGUGGAUACUGUUACUUGGCUGUAAUAGACUGUCGUGGUUCCUUGAAUUAUUGUACAGUAAAAAUAUUUUAAUUCGAUUUAGUUAUAGAGCAACAGCUGUCAUCAAAACUGUAAACAGUAUGACUAAACACUUGUUGCUUUUUGCCCUGCAAGAAAGAAGGCUCAGAACCACUCUAGUUACUCAGGAUUUCCUAACAACACUCUAUGAUGUUAUAUAUGUCGUCACAGGCAAUUGUUUUGAUUACAAAGAAAUCUGCAGUUAUUAACUGUGAUGUCACACUUUAGCCAUAUUGGCUUUUGUGGUCAAUGCUAACGUCUAUAGCAUGACCUGAAUAACCUAGUAAAAUGUAUAUGUCUGAGACAUCGCCUUCAGUUGAGACCAUUUUAGAAGACAGGAAGUGCAAGAGACUGAUAUCAGCCCAUAAUGACGCAUUCAUUUCACCACAUCAGAAAGGGGAAAAAAAAAACUGGCUAGCCGUCUCCCCUGUCACAAGGUAUGAAUAUGUGUGUGUGUGUGUGUGUGUGUGUGUGUGUGUGUGUGUGUGUGUGUGUGUGUGUGUGUGUGUGUGUGUGUGUGUGUGUGUGUGGUGUGUGUGUGUGUGUGUGUGUGUGUGUGUGUGUGUGUGUGUGUGUGUGUGUGUGUUUGUGUCCCUGUGAGUGAAUCUCAAGCCAUUCCUCUUAUAAUUAACAGACUGAGGUCUGUACAUUUCAUGAAUGCUUUCUGUGAAUAUCGUGAUUAUGAAUGUAUGUAUAUAUUUUGAUACUUAUUUAUAUGAACCCAGUAUGUACAGUAUGUCAUGAUGUAAAUUACUUUGCAUUCCACCUUCAAAAUAAACGAAACAAAAAGAAA